AUGUCUGUCGGUGAUAACCAGCAACUUCAAGGAGACCUUCGGAGAUUUUACGACAUCCACAGUCACAAUGUCGAAAGCGCUUCCAUCAUCCUCCAGACACGCCACCCGAUGGCACCAAAGGGAUCGGAGAGUACCGGACUUCUGUGCAUGACUGCCAUUCUGAGACGCAUUCACAGUCAUGCCAUGCUGGGUCCAGAAGGCUUGGCCAAAGCCGACCACUUCAAGCAGGCCGAGAUAGAGAAUCCAAUCAUUCGCUUUUCAUGGCAAAUGUUUGAGAGGGACGCGUCCACGAAAAAGCUCAGGACUGCCGACUGGGCCAAAAUGAAGAGCCAACUCCAAGAGUGCGGACUUGAGACUACUGCUUCUUUCGAGGACCUUUGCAACUCCAGGAUGAUGAACCAUACAUACUGGUCGCAGAACGAGAUGCGCUUGAUGGAACCAAAGGUAUGUCUCGAGACCUGGCAGAUUAUCAACGAAAGCACCGAGGAAAUCGCAUCUUCGAGUCUGGUGACACUCAACCGGGCACAGUCACCUGAGAUGACGCUUGAGCAGGCCGUCGAAACUUCCUUCGGGAUGUUCAGACGAGAAGGGAAGCCCACACUUCAUAGGCCCCAGCAACCUAUUGUCAUUCGUGUCUUGUAUGACUCCGGGUCAGGGCCGAGACUCCCAUUUCGAGAGCUUCGAGGCUUCGGCCUCCCGAUUUGGAGAGAGACUCAAGACCGACAGAAUCCUUUCGAUACGACCGAGCGGGCUCAUUACGUCCUCCUAGCAGUCGUGCGCAUGAGAGCCAAUCCAAAUGACAAAGAUGUGGUUCGCUUCUAUGCAACAUCCGGAGCAGAGAUCAUCCCUGAGAAGGCACCCAAGUGUUUGGCAACUGGCUGGUCGAUCGAAGACGAGGACCAUCAUCGGUAUAUGCUGUUCUACAGUCCCCCUGGCCACUAUCUCGAUCCGAUCGAGGCGUCUGCAUUUCCAGAGGAGGCAGGACCUUUGGUCGAAGAUGACGACGAAUUGAGAGACGGCCACGUCCUGGUAAAUAUGGUGAUGGAACCUUUCAUUGUGAAAGAGCUUAGCCGAGACGCUACUCAAGGGUCUGAUAGGCCUCCGCAUGCAAGCACUACCGAGCCCGGCGAGGUGGCUGAAGAUGUGCCGAUGCAGAGCCCCCCGCGCCCAUCUAGCUCUUCGCAAUAG